UGUCAUGUCAGCAAUACUGCAAGGCUGCCGUUUUGCUGCGCAUUGUGCCACUUCUUCAAUAAAAACAGCAAGAAAGUUCUAUACAUUUAAGAAAAUGACUGACAAAACGGUAGACUUUACCACUACGAAUGGGUUGGAGAGCAAAACUCCGUUCCUGAUCGGCGUCGCAGGAGGCACAGCGAGCGGCAAGUCAACAGUAUGCCAACGCAUAGUAGAAAAGCUUGGGCAGCAACACAAAGAACAAACAGAGAGGCGCGUGGUCUGCAUCAGCCAGGACUCGUUCUACCGAGAGCUCACACCCUCCGAGAGGCUCCGCGCCGAGCGGGGGCAGUUCAAUUUUGACCACCCUGAUGCCUUCGAUGACAAGAAGUUGCUGAAGACACUGAAGGAUAUACUGCAGGGGAAGAAAGUCGAAGUGCCUAUAUAUAAUUACAUCACUAAUUCAAUUAGCAACCGGACGCACACAAUCUAUCCCGCUGACGUGGUGCUCAUCGAGGGGAUCCUGGUGUUCUACUUCCCCGAGGUCCGAGAACGGUUCCAUAUGAAGCUGUUUGUUGACACUGACUCCGACACCAGAUUGGCGAGGAGAGUUCCUCGGGACAUCAUGGAGCGAGGCCGGGACCUGGAGCAGGUGUUGAACCAGUACAUGAACUUCGUCAAGCCCGCCUUCGAGGAGUUCUGUUUGCCGACCAAGAAAUUCGCUGAUGUCAUUAUUCCCAGAGGCGCUGACAAUAUCGUGGCGAUCGACCUGAUAGUGCAACACAUAUCGGAAUUCCUGAAACGGAACGUCCGGGAGCAUAACUGGCUGGAUUACCCCGACUUCUGUCCGUCUGUCCCGGGCAGCCCGCAGCGGGGGAAGAGCGGACGGCCGCACUAAACCUAUUUGUGACUGAGUGCCGUGACCAAAGACAGAGGUAGUGUUGUAACACCUUCAGUGCGGCGUAGAAAAAUCGAAUAUCUACGCAGUGAACGUGUUAAUUUCCAGCUUAUAAAGUGCGUUACUAAAGUAAGGAUGCUAAACAUUAACCCCCUUAUUCAUAAACGUUUACUAAAGGUGACAAGCGGAUAAUAAUCGUUUGGCCCUUUCCGACAUAUUGGUAUGAUGAAAAGGGACAAACGAUUAUUAUCGGCUUGUCAACUUUAGUAAACGUUUAUGAAUAAGGGGGUAAGAAUUUCUCACACUGACCCGCCAUUUCUUAUCUAUAUCGCUCGCACAUUAUUAUACUACAGUGGUUUUGACCCCCGAGAUGGGCAAGACAGCAAUAUGCUUACGUGCGUGCGAUAGAGAUAAGAAAUAGAGUGUCAAUGUACGACAUUAGCGUUCUUACUUUAACUCGAAUUAUAACUGGCGAUGGCAACAAAUCAAGAGUGUGUGUUUCGAAAGAGAUGUGAUAUGUAGAUGCUGUUACCCCGCCUUUCGAUCACGUGAUAUUUGAAUUGUUAAAGAUUGUUUAAAUCAGAUAUGUUUUCUACUAUAUUGACCAUCGUAGAAAAGUUAAACCAAGAUAAGUCUUCAACGAUUAUGAUAGCACACGCUGUGCAAAAGUUAUUUUAAACAUCAAACUUCAAAUUAUGACGCUUAAACUCUUGCACUGCGUAUGCUAUCAUAAUCGUUGCCGACUUUUCUUGGUCUAACUCUUCUUCCCUUUAGACGGCGAUGGUCAGUAUAGCAUGGCGGGCCGUAUCGAAAUGCGUAAAAGGAAUAGUUGUAUCAAUCGCAAUAAAUACGCCUUUAAAAAUUAAGUAUCGGCUUUAGCCAAAGAACACGUGACGUUGCUUUUCGCAAUUACUUAAUAUAAUCAGAAUUUCGUUGUCAAAAUUACAUUUCUAGGAAUUCUAGUAGAAAUAGGAUUUGACGGUGAUAUUUACAUAUGACUUUAGUAAAUUAGUUUCAGCUCUGUACUAUGUACCUCGUAAUAAAUGACUCGCAUGUAAUGUUUCGAAGGCUCAACAUACCUACUGAAAACCUGUAAAUCUGAAUUCAAGUCUAAUUAUAAUCCUAUGACUAAAUAUUCAUUUUUGCUGCGGCAUCUGAGGAAACCGAUUCAAAUUAUUGAGAAAAAAAGAUUAUUCAACCAUUGAUAUCUAAACCCGCCCUCUAACGCCUUAUCAAUAGAUGCAUGUUCAAAUAUUUGUGAGCACCUUUGCCGCUCCGAUAUAUCUGAUGGCGAUUGUACAGGAUAUUUUUCUAUAUGUAUGGUAUGACUUAUUUAUAAACUUCUGCACAGGUGUAAGAAUUACCUCCACUAAAUAACAUUCUAACAUUAAUUUAUAACAGCAUCUCUUAAUGACAUUACUGCACUCUUCCCUUUUGCUAUAUCUUCAUGCUUUUAGGAGCAUGGCACACUGCGUCCGAUUCGCACGUCGCACAUGUGCCAUGCCCCUUAGCAUCUAGCUAUUUAAAAAUAGAGUUUAUUUAUUGUGAAUUUUUUGAGGCUAAAUAGUUGCCAAUAAUAUUAAGAGUUUAUUAGGUUUUAGGUAAACUUGAAUCGCCUAUUUAUAUAGCUAUCUGCUUUGAAUGCCGUAUAGGGUUGAUAUGUAUAAUUCUGAAAGAUUUGUAUUAUCUUAUGACGAGAUACACGAUUUUGUUAAUUUUGUAGGACUGUUAGGAAUUUAAUUAAUAUAUUCCUUGUAAAAGUGGAUUUGAAUGAGUCACUAAGGACUAAAUAACUUUUACGCCAAUGGUAGUUACCUCUGUAGGGACUGUAGGCCUAGCACAGGAGCGCCGCGACAGUAUAUCGCGCGCGUAGUCUAGACGGGUAGUCAGAAGUCACCCGUCUUUUGCUAACUGUAUUGAUUCGAGGGACGGGUAUUCUAUCUCGCGGUGCUCCUGUAUUAAGCCUAUUCAAAACUAAAAUAUUAUUAACUUAUAUCUAAGAACUUACAUAUGACAACACUACAGUAGAUUCCACCGAAUAUAAACAAAAAACUAACGCACGACAUCACUACAUAUCCUCAUAGAUGAUUUAGGGUCGGUUGCACCAAAUCGUCUGUCACCGUUAAAGCGUUCGUUAAAUUUAUUAGUAUGGGAAAUUUAAUAUUUCACAACUGUUUAACGUUAAUCAGUCUGUUAAAUGUGGUUGGUGCAACUGGGUCAUACUAUUCUUGAAUUGCUAGUCAACUUAAUAACUAACAUUUUAAAUGCUCAAGCACUCAUUGCUUACUUGUUAGCCAAAGAGAGAACUUAAUUGUAAAAAUUGGUUUAGGUACUGUAGUGGUUUAGAUAGGUAACGUAAAUAACUCCAACAUUGCCUAGAAAUACCCUAUUAGAUUUUAACUUCAAGGCAAAAGCUUGUGUUUUUAUCUGAAAAGUAGCUAUUUUUAUCUCCUGGGCAAAGUUGAAACAUAGGGCAAACCUUGGCCAUUCGGUGAUACUUGGUUAUCCGGUGAUAUAUAGUCAGUUUUAAUGUGUAUUAUCCGCGUUACCUGGUAAUUAUAUUACUUGAAACCAUAUUACACCACAUUAGUCACAUCCAUGGUAUCUCUUAAACAUUGUUUUAAGCAAAAAAAUUACCGGGUAACUCGGCUAAAAGACAAUAAAACUGACUAUCACCGAAUAACUACGUAUCACCGAAUGGCCAAGGUUUGCCCUACGUUACAUGAGUCAAAAGGACCUUACACUUAUUGUUUAACUACACUUUAGGUAUUGAGUCACGCUCACAUUGCCGCCCCCAUACAUAUAAAAACACGAAAAACAUGAACAUCCAAGUAACAUAUAUAAGUAGGUAUCUAUGUCUGGUACAGUCAAGUGUAAAAAUAUAAGUGCAUGGUGCAUAUAACUUAUCAAAAAUAUGUCCCAUAGUUCUUAAUUCGCUGAAAUAAGAGCUAUGGGAAUAUUUUUUUUAGUAUGAUGUGUGCACCCAUAUACACACUACACCAUAUACAUAUACACUUGACUGUACUUGUUUUCGUUGCUAGUAUUUGUAAGCCAAAGAGAAAUUAGAUCGAGUAGAAGUGUAAAUAAAAAACUUAGUACCUACCCGACAUAAAUAUAUAUGUUACGUAAAUGUUCAUGCCAAGUUUCAUGUAAUUUAAGCAUGUCGUUUUUAAAACUUUGUAUGGGGCUGUCUAUAAGGCGGUGUGUUCACACGAACACACACUCUCUGCCAGAGUAACUCUCAAUAUGGUUUCUUUACUCCACAUUUGGGUAAGCAGAGAGAAGAUUAAAUAGUACAUUGUGUAUUAAGGGCGGGAAAUAAGAAAUUACGAACGAGUGUCAAUUUUAAGCCCGACGCGAAGCGAGGGCUUAAAAUGUUUACGAGUUCGGAAUUUCUUUACCGCCCGUGGCACACACAAUGUUUUUCAUCACACUUGUAAGGAAAAAAAGGAGAAUUAAUAAAAACAAACUUCUGUAUAAAACACUUUUCCGCCCUAGGGCGAAAAUUUCAAUUUCCCGCCCGCAAGCCCUACGUGUAAAUAAGUGUUUUUCAUCACACUUGCUCGGAAAAGAUUUUUUCCGCCCUAGGGCGAAAAUUUCAAUUUCCCGCCCGCAAGCCCUACGUGUAAAUACAUCUUUUCCGAGCAAGUGUGAUGAAAAAUAUAUUUAAGUACUUAUACUAGUUUUAGUGUCACUAUGUUACUCUGCGUGUAGCGCGCUUUGGUUGUGUAUCGUAACAAAUUUUAUCGACGUUGAUUAAUACGAGUUUGUUUAGUUUUCUAUCUCUAAUUAUAUUAAGCAGAUGCUUUAUUUAUUUCGUUGUGUACUAAGGUUAUAUGAUUACUUAUGUUUAAUUUAGAAUACAAAUAUAUUGCAACUUA